AUUGCUAGCACGCGCCGUUUGCUGCCUCCAUUGCGCCCCGCUUGGACAGAGCCUGAGAGCUCCACCACCACCACCACCACAUCGUUACAACACCACACCACCAGAGCUAUCACCAUGGCAGACCAGGAAAAUGCGGGGAUGCUCCAAGAGCUCAGCGGCUACCAGCUACAAUAUGACGACUGCCAGAAGCUACUGAAGGUCUUCAAUGGCGACUUGGGGCAGGCGGCAGAGAAGUUCUUCAGCUCAGACAUAGCGACCGUGCACAAGCUCAUCGAUGGAUCAACACCGACCUGGGACGAGAGCGCAUUCGGCGCAAGCAGGUACGCUGACGAAUCGAACAAUAGUGUGCCCAGUAUGUUGGCACCCUACUCAGGCUUCGACAACCACCCUCGCAGCGGCGCCAACAGCACAGCGCCUACCCGGCCGAACUCGCGGAUAGGCACGCGCCCAGGCUCGGCGUUGUCGACACAUGUGGGGGACGAUCCCAUGCAAAGUAUCGAGAAGGGGCAGGAGUCGGGCGUUACAGGCAACGCGAAACCCGUCUUCGGACCUGCUACUCGCAGUAACUACGACACCGCCAACUGGGCCAUGGUCCCAGCCACGACUGCGUCCGAGUACAUCGCCGAUCCGCUACCGAGCCAGAGGCAGCGAGAAGAGGGCCAGCCCGCCAUCCUCAAGCCUUCACCGAGAUUCAACUACUUUCCAGCUAUGCUCACUAUCCUACAUUCGAUCCCGCAAUUUCGAAACGCGCUCUUGUCGCCCGCAGUGACGCAAGACGACUACUGGGUGGGCGAUGAAUGGUGGAAAGGCAAUCCCGCAGGACGAACACGUAUUGUGGAUAGUACAGUUGGAUGGGAUGAAGCUUAUGGACUCGAAAUCAUUUACGAGACACAACGUCUGAUGGCCUUCCUGGACAACACUGACAGGGCCUACACAACAAUAGAGUCGAUGUUGGAUAUGGACGCCUGGAAGCAACUCGAAACGCCCUCCCUCGAAGAUCCAGACGACGACAUGCUGAAGUUUCUCAUAUUAUGGAGCGCAGCCUAUGCGAGACGGAAUCCAGAUUUUCAGAUCAACGGCAUGUUGCGGUCGGUCGUCAAUGCUCAGCAACAGGUCAACAGUUUUGUCCUCGAUAGUACGGUGUCGAAGCGCGACGGGAGAGCGACAGAUAUCUACGAUGUGCUCGAUGACACAUUCUUUCCCAGCUCAGACGGAACUGCCCAUAUCAUGGACAUAAGCAAUGUCUUGAUCUUUCGACUAGAAGGCUCGAAACAAGAUGGUAACGAGCUGGGUUGCCGCGUUCCUGCGACACUUUACGCGGACCGAUACCUCGAAAAGAACAAACAUGUCAUUCAGGCAAUGUUCGAUGAGAUGGCCGUGCACAAUUCUCAACUGAACAGCAUCAAGGAUCAGACCGAUAGGCUCAAGUAUCACACGCCGGCAAAGCGCAAUUCCAAGACGGUUGAUACCUUGAAGUUGAUCAAGACGAGCAUGAAAGCUUUCCAGCCCAAGGCGGGCGAAGAGGAGCCCAACGCAAAAGACGCUCCUACGCUAGCUCAAUUACAAAGGCUGUACGAAAGUGUCGAGAGCAAGUUAGCCGCCCUUGAGGAGCAGCGCAAGCAGGCCCAGGAGGCACUCAACAACAUCUCCAACCGUUUCAAGCCUACUAUCGACGAUGGCGCCGAAGCACUGAUCGAUCUCACUGAGCCCGACUACCCCGAAGGGCAGUUCGCCCAAGACGCAAUGCACUACCCUUACCAGCUCUACGGCGUAGCAACCCGCCGCGAUGUCAUCUACCUCCUCCAUCCCGACACCACUUCCAACACUCCCGGCGCGAAGCAAUGGUGGCGCGUGCAGUACGACUCUGAAUCUGGCCCCGCAAAUAUUAUUCGCGACCGCGUUGAUCUGCAGCAGGUCCUCGAGCGAGCCACCUCCGAAGCCGCGUCUGUACUGCUCAUCUACGCUAACGAAGCCGCUACCUCUGAAGCCCCCAUCCCCUUGUCCAAGCCCCUUGAAGACUUCGUCAAGAAAGACAAGCUAUGUUUCCUUGAAGAAUUGCAGAAGAAUCACGACCUAGGGGCUGGGGGCGGAUGGGAUGAUUUUGGGGAUGAGUUGAGAGGAGAUUGGGACAAAGAGACACAUCCGCCGGAGUAUAACCAUGAUUGGGCUAACAUCAGCUCCCAGCAGUAUCAUGACGAGACGAGCAAACAAGGCUCAGGCAUGAGUUCUGCGACGCUAACACCAAAUACGGAGAUGGAUGGUGAAUCCGGGGUACGCGAGAUGGUCGAGGUGAACGGCGGUAUGGAUGCAUUGACUGGUCUGAGGAGCGACCCCAUGGAGGUAGACACACAGACACCAAGUCGCGAUACGCAGAUGGUGGACGUAAAGGAGGUGCCUGUUGAUGAACCGAAGACGCAGCACAUUGAGUUUGCGGAAAAGAAGGGCGGUUAGAAGCUGUUGCUUGAUGCGCAGGCGUACGACAAGGCUGCUCCCGAGGUCACGGUGGAUGUCAAAGAGGUGACGCCCGAGGAAACUCAGUCACGGCGCUCCUGCUUGGCGAGUGUGAUGGGCGG